AUGGAUUUUUCCUUCUUAUUCUUGAUAAAUGCAAUGGUUUUGAUAAUGGAACAACAAGGGUUCCAUGCGAACAGAAGCUCAUCGGUGAACCAUACUGCACAAAUCCAUCAUCGUGAGAGGCGCUGCUCCUGUGAAAACCUGAAGGACAAGGAGUGUGUGUACUUUUGCCAUAUAGGAAUUGUUUGGGUCGAUUCACCCAGUCAGAUCAUUCCCUAUGGUGUGGGCUCACUUCAAAGGCGUCUAACGCGAGAUGUAAAACGAUGCCUUUGCACGGACAGGAGAGAUACAAAAUGUGUGCAGUUUUGCUCUUUCUUGGAUCUCCAACAAGUAGAUGAUAAUGCUUCAGUCAAAAGGUACCAUCCCAGGAACUCAAAAGAGCAAUACAAGUUUGGAUUCCCCCUGAGAUUAAGGAGGCACAAUCCAAUCCAAACAACCUGA